AUGGCAUCAGAAAUGAAACCUUACCAGGCCAUUUCAGCGAAGAAGAAAGCGCAGCAGCAGGACAGAAUUCCCAAAGCUUGGCGAAUUCCUACAGAUAAAUUUCAAAAUGCAACCAAUGUCAUGGAUGUACCGCUUACCUGCGGGCUGUUAAACGAGACAGAAUCCAGAAUCACUUCUGACUACGAUGCAACCGCACUUCUUGAACAGCUGAAGGCUGGAGUCUGGUCGGCUGAGCAAGUCACCGUGGCAUUUUGCAAAAGGGCUGCCAUUGCCCACCAGUUGACGAAUUGUCUGACGGAAAUAUUCUUCGACGAUGCUAUUGAACGAGCGAAGAAACUUGACCAGGAAUACGACCCGAAGUCUCGUGGAAAACCCCUCCCGCCGCUAUUUGGACUACCAGUUUCACUCAAGGAUAGUUUUCAAGUUUCUGGAUACGACACAUCGACUGGGUUGGGUUGCUAUGUGGAUGAGCCUGCGGAGGACAAUAGCGCGCUUGCUGCUAUGCUGAUUGACUUGGGUGCGGUCCUUUACUGCAAGACCAACCUGCCCCAGUCAAUCAUGACUGGCGAUAGUGACAAUAAUGUUUUCGGAAGAACUUUGAACCCUCGCAAUAAAUUGUUCACUGCGGGUGGAAGUACUGGAGGCGAAGGUGCACUCCUUGCCCUUCGAGGCAGCAUUCUCGGGGUUGGGACGGAUAUUGGUGGCAGCAUCCGUGUCCCGUCGGUAUGUAAUGGCAUCUAUGGGUUCAGGCCUAGCGUAGGGUUGGUUCCUCAUAGUGGUGUGCGAGACCUCACCCCGCCAGGGACAGAUGGUGUCCGGUCGGCAGUUGGGCCCAUGGCGACCUCACUCCGGGAUUGUGCUCUCUUUCUAAAGUCGAUAGUCCAAGCAGACACCUGGAAGUAUGACAGCACUUCGAUCUCGAUUCCGUGGGUAGAUCUCAAACCCGCACACAAGCUCCGGAUCGGUGUUGCUCAAAAUGACGGCGUCUAUACUCCAUCACCGCCAAUUAGACGUGGUUUGAAGCAGGUUGUCGACCUUCUCAGUGGCAAUAAUGAUAUUGAGAUCAUUCAUAUCAAUCUACCCGACGUCGAAUCGCACUAUCAAGACUUUAUCAGCUAUAUGACACUAUCAGGAAGUGAUUACUAUAACGAACAGUUCGAGCGAACAGGGGAGCCGACCAUCCCAUCACUGACGGCAAUCGGCCUUCUAUCGGUGCCAGGAACGACGCUGCAGGGCUUUUUUAAUUUGAAUGUCCGUCGAGCCGAGGCCGCGAAAACGUACCUCAAACUAUUUCGCGACAACGAUUUAGAUGUGAUUCUAAUGCCUCCAGCACCGCAUACGGCAGUUCCCCUGGACUCCUGGACGAAAGCGGCAUAUACUAGCCUGUGGAACUAUCUCGAUUACCCGGCUAUUGUGAUUCCUGUGGACCAGGUGCAAGAUAUGGACUUUGCUGACGAUUUGAGCAACGCCAAAUUCGGUCCAGAUGACGAGCAGCUUUACAGUCUGUAUACCGGCCCAGAACAGUACAAGGGCGCACCGCUAUACUGGACUCGAUCAUAA